AUGUCCUCAACGUACGAUAAUGGUUUUCCUUCACGCUCACCGUACAAGGCUCGGCAGAUGAGCGUCAAGGAUAUCACGAGGGAGUUCUUGGAUGCUUCUGCAGAAUUGCGGCAGGGACAGUUGGUCAAGGAUGACUUCUUUACGCUUUUUGAAGCCGUUGGAGCGCUUGAGAUAAUGGACCCUAAAAUGGACAGCGGAUUCGUGAUACCAGAAAAGGACGCUGCGGUGGACAAUUUCGACCCGCUGCAAAAGAUGUUACCCGAGGAAAUCAUCGGUAUAAUGGAUCAAUUGCUGUCUUUCGAGAUAUCCUGGCAUCAAGGAUAUGCUCUUUCACAGACAUUGUUCACAUCUCUGCACAUGUACUCUCUGCUAACACCCUACUACCGCCCUCUCAGCGCCAUUGUCUUUUCUCCCAAAAGAAGUAGCCCGGAGACUUCAGAUCCACUCAUCAGCAGUGUACUUCGUGCUUUCUGUCUUGGCAUCAUGAAGUCUUGCGAUGCUGUGAUCCAAGAGAUAACUUCUGAGCAUUACUACGAGGAGGAAGAUUUCAUCACCCAGAAUUUCGCGCAGUAUCUGUUGAAUGAUGUUGACCAUUCUGAAGUCGUUGCCGAGAUUCAGAGGGCACUGGAGAUUCUAGAUGCACAGGAUUUGGCAGAUGAUGUCAAGGACGCAAUCAGACAUCGUUUAGAGUUGCGUGUUCGACUGCUCCGCGCACAGGAGCCUUUGAGCUUGGUCGAGAUGACUGACAAAACCGAGAUGUGGACGGCAGUACUCGACACUGUCAGCAAAGUCAAUGAGACAGUCAAGCUGGGAAAGGCAAGGCCUGAUCUCUUCUCCGAGAGAGUGCAGAGACAUCUGGCCAGUAACACACCUCCCAUCCCAAUGAUUAAGACGAACUGGGAAGAAGCAUAUCCUCGUUUCCAAAGACUAGCCGAGGACAAUAUCGAAGCCCAUCGACUCGCCAGUAUCGAGGACCUGAGUCCUUUGAACAUAACUCGCUUCGCAUGGGACUUCUCCAGUCGAACACCCCAGCCCUCUACCUACUCACGAGCAAUAAUGCAAGGUCUUCUCUUCAAAGGCCAGAAAGUCCUCGCUCAAACAUCUCACCUCUCCCUUAUCCUCGAGGAUAUUCGCAGUCUCUCCAUGUCCGGUGAUCCACUCCUCAGCCCUUCAAAUUGGGAAGUAGAGCUUCCAACUGAUCCUCGCUAUCGUUCUUCCCGCAUCAUUGACGAAUUCAUGGCAAAAGCUCUGGAUGAAUACAUCAAUAUCCCUCGCAUGAUACUUCAAAAUCGGUGUCGUAUGAGAAGGACAUUCUGCCAAAGCAUCUCCAUCCUCGAUGGCCUACAAGCAGAAGCCGAAAAUGCAGAUGCUGAACUCCACUCUCUAUUCCCUUCUUCAACUUCUUCUUUCCCGCCCGAGAAAUUCUACCCCUUGGCUGCUUGGGUAUAUUUCCACAAACUACGCAUCAUGGAAUGGAGUAUUCAACUAGGCUUUGAAUUGGACGUCUAUCAAGACGCAGAAUUCGCACAUCUAUACCGCUUUCUGGCUUUUGUGGCAGCAACACGAGCAGAACAUCUUCAACACAUUGAUCUAUUCCUUCAUCUUCGCCAACGCUCGUACAGAAAACAAGGAAAUGUGGUCAUGGCAGAUCAAGUCGCAACUUCUCAAGCCAGCAUAACGUUCCUAACUACUCAAGCUACGAUGACGGCUGAAUUUGCUUCUGCAUCAAGUUCCCUCUACUCUUUGCUUUACUCUCAUCAUCUCAUCAAGUCUCUGGAUGAAAAGGAGAUCUACAGCACGAAUGGCAGAAGACAUGAGUUACGCAUGAAACCCUACCUUCCCAUUGGAACACCCACUCUACCCUCCAGCGAGGAAAUGGACAUUGCAACACUUCUCCCACCACAAACCUCCAUCUCUGCAAUCUUCAGCACCAUUUCUUCUCGUCUUGCAGCUGCCAAAACUGCACUGGUAGCUUUGAAAACAAUAUCUUCCAACACGGGCAAUUACCGCGGUUGUGAAGCAGGGUUUAAAGCAGAAAUCCAGGGUGUUUUGGGGAGUAUCGUAGCGACUGGUAUUUCCACCUCUUUACUCAAAAAGGUCAUCGAGGAGAUUGGGAUAAAAACGGUGGGAGAUGUGCAAGGUAAAGAAGAAGUUGUGAAGCAAGAAAUCAAAGUGGAAAGGUUGGGGGAAAAGAGGUUUUCGACUUUUUGGGCUGUUCCUAAGUUGAGUGGUGUGUAG